AUGGCAUCCGCAUCCCCAUCCCGCCGAGAGCGGGCCCAGAGUGACAGAGCUCAAGCAAUGCCCGGAAUUGCUCAGCGUCCUGCUAUGGGAGGCCGAACUACCUCGGCCCCGGUGGGUGAACUGUACAAAUUGGAUGCGCGGAAACCGGGAGGAUCAGUUAAUACUUUGGUGGAGGAGGAUGAGGGGUCACCGACUGCCGAUGAGGCCCGCAGGUCCCGUCAGAACGAGGACUGCAAGGCCGGAUUCCCCGAAGUGACUAUUGCCGUGGUGGGCGAAGAGAACGCUGGCAAGAGCAGCUUCGUCAGAUGUGCAUUGGAUAUGAAGAGCUCACCUGUCGCUCCUUCGAAUAAGAAGAAGAUGUCGUUGGACGGGUCGGUCUACAUCGUGCGGCUACUGGAAGUCGACUUGGCUCAGGUUCAAUUCGACCAGGAGAACAACGUCCUGUGGCCUCGGACAGGACGUGACAGAGCUGCGCCAGCUAUUGAUGGAGUUCUUGUUCUGCAUGAUGCCACUAAACCGGACAGGCUUUCGCUCACGACAAACCUCAUCUACUCCUUGGCGACGUCGACUCUGCCGUUCUUACAGGUCGCCUGCAAGUGCGAUGUCCACCCCGAACCUCUGGAAGAAACCGUGGAUGCAAUCCACGAACGAUAUGAGAUUUACCGCACAUCUUUUUCCUCGCCGCGAUCACAGCGAAUGUGCAUUGCGUUGGUACUGCGGGCGGUGAUCUCGACUCGAGAAGACCUUUUUGAGCCUAAUCCUCUCCCUUCCCCUCCGAGAACCACCACCAAAUCCUUCCAACCUCACCCUCCCGAGCAUCACACCCGUACCAACUCCGAAAACCCCUCCGUGUUCACAGCCGCUGGCGGCCCACAACCGACGGUUCCAGAUCGAUGUGUCGAUGGAGACGGUGAUCGUUCCUCCAGCGACCACUUGAACAACCUAACGCAAACCCCAAGUUCCACCCACUAUGCCCAACGUAAUUCGCAAGCGUUGCGACCGCAAACUCCCCCUGGAGCACGUUUGAACCCGCGCAGACCAUCAGCAGAAGCGAACAACUCCCCGCGUCACGACAGCCGUCAGCAGCGACUGCAUUCCGCCUGGCGACAUAGUGGAGGGUCGGACGCCUUCAACAGCUUCUUAAACAUGGAGGACGAUAUUGAUGAUGGACAGAACCGACCGCCGAGUCCUGGUGCCGUCGUGCGACCAAAGCCGAGCAGCGAGAGCAAUUCCAGCGCCGAGACAGGCUUGUCUUUCGACGAGCUUGUUGACCGUUUGAUUGCGCUACCCAUGUCGAAGCAGGAGCAGAAGUUCGGGUCCAUCUUCCUAUGUCUAUACCGCAAAUUUGCAGCCCCUGGAACCCUCUUGACUGCCUUGAUCAGUCGAUUCGAGCGAAAUGAGCAGAGCAACGUCGACCAGCUUACCCGCAUGGCAGAUCAGCUGCGCUUGUUAGACGUUAUGGCCCAGUGGGCCUCGGAAUAUCCAGGGGAUUUUGCUCACCCUAAGCUACGCAAGCGCAUAAUCGACUUUGUUGCUACGCUCGAGAAGAGCCACUUUUAUAUGUUCGCCGCCAAGGAAAUUGGGUCACAGUUGGAUUCCAAUGCAGAAGACGACGAUGUUGGCUGGGCCUAUGGCGGUGAUGUCGACCCCGAUGAUUCUAGUCUCACAGAGACAUUUUACGACAACUCUGGCCGAAGCUCCCCAGCGCCGGUUCAUACUGGCCUGGACAUCGGCACUGGCGCAUACGAAGACGAGGAAGAACAAGAUCCCAUAUAUAGUAUGAGUGCAUUGGAUCUUAGCGAUGGCCCGCAAGACUCUACAUCCCGACUUUCUGGCACUCUUUCGGUUUCUUCUACUGCCGACAAACCUAAUACCAUGACAAAUCAGUCAUUCACACUCCUAAGUCUCGAGGCAGCUCAAAAAGAGGCUUUGCGUCUCGAAUUGAGUCCGAAGUAUCCACUUAGCAAACUCCAGUGGCGAUUCUUCAUGGAGACGCCUGACGAGGAGUUCGCCCGAGAAUUGACCCGGAUUGACUGGGUCAUGUACAACUCGUUCCGGGCGCGUGAUCUGGUCCGCCAUGUCAGCCUUUCAGGCAUAGACAAGGACAAGAUCAAGAGCCUGACGAACGUCAACCGCAUGAUCAAGCAGUUCAACAACCUCGCAUUCUUCGUAGCGAGCAUGAUCCUCCUACGAGAUAAGCCCAAGCACCGCGCGAAGGCGAUGGAAAAAUUCAUGAACAUCGCAGUAAAACUCCGCCGCCAAAACAACUAUAACUCCCUGGGCGCCGUAAUCGCCGCCAUAAACGGCACACCAGUCCACCGCCUAACGCAAACUCGUGAACUGAUCCCCAUCCCAGUUCAGAAAGAGUUCAUGCGCUUGGUUAUCCUUAUGAGCACGCAAAGAAGUCACUUCGCCUACCGUCUUGCCUGGGAAAACUCGUUCUCGGAGCGAAUUCCCUUCCUUCCUCUCCAUCGUCGUGACCUUGUCUCUGCCGAAGAAGGCAAUAAGACUUUUGUUGGCGAGAACAAGUCUCGCAUCAACUGGAAGAAAUUCGAGGUCAUGGGUGAGGUUGUUCUCGGUGUUCAACGUAGCCAGAAGGCUCCUCAUCCCCAGGCGCAGAAGUUCGAUGAUGUGGAACGACUGCUUCUGGAAUCGAAGCUCUCUGGGGACGAAGAGGACUUGUAUGCUCGCAGCUUGCACGUCGAACCGUCCACAGGAGCCGAAGGGCGAAGGAAGUUCGGCUGGCUACGCUCUUAG